CAUGAUGUUUAUCGACUAAUCUAUGACAUUGAUUUAUUCACUCCUGAUUAAUAAUUUGCUAAAAUGGCUACCGACGUGUUCGGUGACCUAUCUCUUUUUGACGAAUUUGAAAAGGACAGAAAUUCUAGCGCGUCAUUUAUAAAAUAUGAUGUCACAAAUGAAGGACAAGAAGACAAGAGUAAAAUAUUGUUUAAAAUUGGAACGUCCGAUGAUGAAUCUUCAUCAGAUUCCAACAGUGAAUCUGAAUCAGAAAGUGAAACUGAAACCGAAAAUAGAGAUGUCGACAAUGUAAAUAAAACUGACUCUGAGAAUGUCGAGCAAAUAAACACUACAAAUGAAAAAGUGGAAUCUAAAAACACUACCUCAUUUAAACUACAACAUGAGCGCAACAAGUACAAGAGAUUUGCUGAUUUAAUAGACUCUACAAGGAAAGUUCAAGACACUGAUAGCCCUGCAUGUCAAAUCCUUUUUCAUAAUAAUAAAUUUUCAAGGAAAUACAGGACUAAUAUAGAGAACUUCAUCACUGGUUUGUUGUAUAAAGAAAUGUUUGAUAGCUCUGUCCUUCCAGAACUUGACCUUGAGCCUUCAACCUUGACCUGUGUAGAUAUCAAUGAAAAACUAACAGCUCCUCAAAGAAAUAAGUCUAUGUGGUCAUCGCAUGCAAUAAUUGGAUGUUCACAUAUCUAUCAGUAUUUCUUGAUAGAUACCCUAGGGUGGCCUCUUGUUAACUUCAAUCCAUCAUUAACAGACAGCUGGGAAAUACCAAAAUUUGAACAAUGUUUCUUAGAUCCAAUACCAUUUGAUGAAGAUGAAUCUGUCAGAGUCAAGCCAGGAAGACCCAAAGCCACCUGUUUUAAUUGUGGUGCAGAUCACAUGAUCUCAGAAUGUCCAGUUCCCAAAGAUUUCCAAAGAAUAAAGAAAAAUAAAUCAGAGUUUUUAGACAAGAGUGGUGGUCCACAUGGUCCAAGUCAGAAGCUCACAGGGUCUAGAUAUCACAGAGAUGAUGAUCCAAGAUUUGCUACGUUCAAACCGGGACAAAUCAGUGAUAAACUUAGAGAGGCAUUAGGUCUAUCCCCUCAACAGAUUCCUCAGUAUGUAUAUAGAAUGAGGCUGUUAGGUUAUCCUCCUGGGUGGUUAGAGGAGGCAAAGAAACAAGGCUCUGGUCUCAUGUUGUUUGAUAAACAUGGAAAAGAGGUGGAUAUAACGGGACAAAGUAUGGAAGAUGGAGAAGUCAAUGAAGAAAGAGUUCAAGAACCCCAAAUAGAUCCUAACAAAAUAAUGGACUAUCCUGGUUUUACUGUUGAGUUAUCUGAAGACUUAGUGGAUGAGCAUGCAGAGUUAGGGUUCCCUCCAUUACAGCCUCAUCAACUUAAAUCAGCUUUAUUUCAAAGACAAGAAAUGAUGGAUGAGAUGAAGAAAAGAAAAUUGGAACAGGAUGAACAAGUUAUAAAAAAGAAGAUGAAAGUUGAAGAAGCUGAAAUGGAAAUAGAAGAUGAUGAGACUCAUGCUGACAGAAAUGGUGAAUUUUUAUCUCCAUACAGCAGCUCCCCUGUGGCUACAGAAGGAAGACAUAAAAGACGUGUUCCUCUACCUGGUAAUCCUCCUUUACCAUGUGACACACCUCCUGGUCAACCUCCUCUACCAAUGGGAACACCUCCACCCACACCUGAGGAAAUCCUACGUAGGAGAGGACAUACCCCAUUAUCAGGUCAACCUCCUUUACCUAUGGCUACACCUCCUGGUAAGCCUCCAUUACCAUUAGGAACACCUCCUCCAACACCAGAUAUGCCCAGUCCAAUUCAUCGUCAGCUGUCAGCACUCAGUGCUAAAUCAGGAAGAUCAAAGUCACCUACAUUAGAUGAUUUAGAAAAACAAUACCAGUUAAUACAGGAGAAACUUUGUCAAGAUGAGAAUGUAGAUGACAUAGAAUUACAGGUGGUUGACAGUAUAGAGGAGGAGGAGGAAGAGGAGGGAAGUCUUCAAGAUAUAUCAGGUGCUCAGUUAACACGUCAAGGAUCGACGACAUCUAUACAGACGUUUGGUGAAUUAGGGACAGGAAGUCCAUCUAAUUCACUUCCCGGUACGCCAGGGGUAAACAUGGACGACUCAUUUAUUAAUCUCAGCUCAUCCGAAUUAUCAAAGAGUAAUUCUAUCUCUAAAGACUAUGGUACUCCCAUUUAUAUGAGAACUGUCAGUAAAGAAAAGCUGCCCACUGCUUCAAGUUUUGGGCAAGGUAUAGAAGAUCAUAUGCCGUUUGAAAACUUGCCUGAUUCGACAGGAAGUUAUGGUAAAAUGUCCAAAUUGAUAGACAAAAUUAGGAGUAAUAUCAAACGGAAGAAAAGAUGAUGGAUACACAGUUAUAGUGGUAUCUAACUUGUGUCUACUAAUUGUACAAGAAUAGGCAAAAUCAGAGAAACUUAUUUUGUUUUGAUAGAUUUAUCCUUGUAAAAACUGGAUGCAUAGAUGAGUGAAAAUUUUUCAGAAAAAAAUGUGAAGGUAAAAAAGAGAGCAGCUAUUCUUUGUAUUUAAAUGAUAGUUUUCUCAUAUCAGGUCACAGAACAUCUCUAAUUUGUUGAAAAGAUCAUAUGUUCUAAUUUCUUUGAAUAUGUCACGGCCUUGUUGUUCAAUGCAUAAAACAGUUAUAUUUGAUAACUGGAAAAAAUAAAGUUGAAAGUGCUUGAGAGUAACGUUGAAGAAAAAAAUAAGAAGAACCUUCAUUUUUGUGCAGAUAGAUAGGUCCUGAACCAUUCAAGCAUACAUAGUGUGCACACUAUGUAAAAAUAAGCUUAUGUUUAAAUUUAAGUUUGAUGAAAACACAUCUUCAUGAAUUUCACUUUUUAUUUGUGCUAAAAAAAUGUAAAUACCUUAAAAGCAUUUUUAAACUUUUAUUGUGUUUGUGAAAGGUCUUUUGAAUAUAAUCUACAAUAACAUAAAAAGGACCUUGAUGAAAAUCUUACAUUUAAUAUAUGAAAUUUUUUUCAGUUAAUAGUCUUAUAAAUUCAACUUUUUUUAAAAGAAUAAUUGAUUAAAAUAGAAAUCAAAUAUGAGAUGAGUUAUAAAAACAAUGAGAUGUAACGUAUACAUUCAUUAGACAGCAACCAAACUACACAGUAUUAUACAACUUUAUCAUGUUUAUAUGUUCAACACAUCAUUGUGUAACAUUCAUAGCUCAUUUUGAAUUCAUCACAUUGUAUAGUAAAUGCAUAUAACACUGAAAUUUUCUAGACAUGAAAUUUUCUCAAUUUUGUUUGAUAAUUGUCACAGUUAGAUGACUGAUGAUUAAAUUUGCACUUUGAUUUUAUUACUAUAAGAAAAAACUUAUAUUGUAUGCUUCUAUACUUACACUAUUGGAUAGACAGAUCUACAAUCAUUCAUUCUACAUAUUAUAUAAUGUUAGAGAAAUGUUCCAAUACGACACUAUGGCACAUUUGAUGGCAGCUAUAUGUUGUGCUUCAAAUAUAUAUUAUUCAUGAAGUUGUGGUACAAGUAUACAUUAUUCAUGAGUUUGUACAGAUUUUUUUCUAUCUGUUUUUAAAUAAAUAUAAUUUUAGGAUUUAAUGCUCUAAAUCCAUCUUAAAAAUGCUGCUGUGGAAGAAGCAGUUGAAUUCAUUCUGUUUGACAGGGACAGAAAUAAAAGAAAAAUAAAGAAAUAAAAGUAUUUUUAACUGU